UUUCAGGAAGCAUAUGGAAGUGUAGAUUCUAACAAGAAAGAUAAAGUUAUUUUUGCCCUUGGUGGUCCUUGCAGUGGCAAGGGCACUCAGUGUCCAAAAAUUGCCCCGAACUUUGGUUACACCCAUCUUAGUGCUGGUGAUAUUCUCCGAGCAGAGAAAGAAUCUGGUUCUGAAAACGGGACUAUGAUUCAGAGCAUGAUGAAUGAGGGGAAACUUGUACCUUCAGAGAUAAUAGUUAAGCUUAUCCAACAAGCAAUGCAGGAAAGUGGGAAUGAUAAAUUUCUUAUAGAUGGUUUCCCUCGAAAUGAGGAGAAUCGUGCGGAAUUUGAGUCUGUUAUAGGAAUUGAACCUGAAUUUGUUAUUUUCUUUGAUUGUUCCGAAGAAGAAAUGAUUAAGCGCAUGUUGAGCAGGAAACAGAGUAGAGAAGAUGAUAACGUUGACACAAUGAAGAAGCGACUGGAAGUUUAUAGACAAUCUAGUCUCCCAGUGAUUGAAUAUUACAACUCCAGAGGGAUGGUUCGAAAGAUUGAUGGCGAGAAAUCCAUUGAAGAAGUUUCCGAGGCGGUCAAUGCUGUUUUCACUUCAUUGAUUGACAAGGUAGAAACAGCAUAUUGAUGUUCUGCUUAAAGAUGCUAAAUUACCCAAUUUAUACUAUCAGUUUCGAAUGUAGAAAAUGAUUUGAUGAAUAGUUCAAGCACUAGCAUUGAUGAGUGAAUUACAGAUGGAUAAGUGCCCUUUUUAUUUCAA